CACUUUGAAAACUUCUCUCCCGCAAAACAUGCCAUUCCUAACCGCUCCACCUUCUCAAAUCUUUUUAAACCCCAAAAAAGUUGGAGAGCAGAGAUUCAACAAAGUGAAUUUUGAAAUAAAAUGCAGCCCUUUAUCUCAUUUUUCUAAGUAUGGAGAGAAUGGGAGAAGAAGAUUUGGAUUUCAAAUCACAACUUGUGAUAGAGAUCUGCUCUUUCUCUUCACGCUCCACUGCCUGCAAGCAUCGUGGAUUUCAGAAUCCUAUCAAAUCACCAUUAAUUGAUUGGUAUCUUCUUCUUCGUGUCGAAGAAGAUGCAGAUAUAGAAAUUAUUAGGAAGCAAUACAGGAAAUUUGCUUUGCAACUUCACCCAGAUAAGAACAAGCAUCCCAAGGCUGAAGUUGCAUUUAAGCUUGUCUCUCAGGCAUAUGCUUGUCUCUCCGAUAGAACAAAAAGAAGAGCUUUUGAUUCUGAGAGAUGGAAAAGCUUCUGCACUUUUUGCAGCCAACGCUCAUCCUCCAAGUUCCCUGGCAAUUCAGAAGAUAAACUUCGGAGUUCAGAUACUAGACACCGGACCAGAUCCAACAAGAUUUCGCAGAGUAUUCGAGAAGUUCGAGACAGAUUCAAUGAAGAAACAAAGGUGAUUGAGAGGUGUUUGAGAGCCACUCAUGCAUCUAGAAAUGAAUUUCCAGUCUUUGAUCCAAGUAAAUAUUCGUUCCAGGAUUACCCUCACUAUAGAACUCGGAUCUACAACAAACCGAACGACUUUUGGUUAUUCAGAUAGAGAAAAAAUUCAAUUGCAGGAAU